UGCCCGUCUAGUGCGUGCACGACGCCUGCAGUGUUUACAUCCUGUUCUGCGGAGCUCCAGCGGGCGAGAGUGCAGGGUGUCAAUACAUAUCAACAGAGUUAGAUUGCUAUUGAGAGGAGCAGUGCGAAGCAGGCAACUUUUAAUAAUAAUGUACCGGUCCCUGUACGCCUUCCGCUCGCCGGAACCCAACUCGCUUCACUUCGCCGCCGGGGAGACCUUCCUAAUUCUGGAGCGGAGCAAUCGACACUGGUGGCUUGGCUCCCGCUCCAGCUCCGGCGAGUCCGGCUACAUCCCGGCCUCCUACAUUGAGAAGAUCCAGGUGAGCCACCGUGACGAGGGCCGCGGACUGGCUCCGUGUUCAAUGCAGGCUUUUCUUCAGACCCCCGAACAGGAUGUGGUGCUGCAGUCCAUCGACAGAGCCAUCGAAUCCAUUCACAACACCGCCAUGAAGAACGGGGGCAAAUACAACCUGGAGCAGCGGGACGUUCUGCAGAAGCUGAUUCACCACCGCAAGGAAACGCUGGCACGCAAGAGCCCAACCAAUUACAAGCAGAUCCUACCGUCCUCCGCCAGUGACUACCACAUCGGCUCCGCCCCCCAUGCCAACGGGCUGAGCCGCAACUAUGGGCGGCAGGCCAGCGAGCCGAUCCCAGAGAGCCUGGACCCAGGCAGGGGGGAGGAGGGGCUGUACCAGGUGCCCCCCCAGCCUCGCCGCGCCGCUCCCAUCACCCCCCCUCCUCCAGAGAAGCGCAGGGCCCCUCGCAGACCAGAGCCUGCAGUCCCCACCAGGAGCUCCUCAAUUGGUCCUGGCUCCUCCUCUGUGAGCUCCGUCUCUCUGGAUACACUGGGCAGCGGCUCCACCCACACCCCCGAGGCCAACAUUCCCAGUCCAGCCACCACCCCUCCCCCACUUCCCUGCCGGACCAGGCCUGCUGCUGACCCGGUGCCUCCCAGUCCCUCCCCGUCCCCCUCCCCACAGCCAGAGGCAGAUUCCCAGUCCCUGGCAGCCCCCUCCCCCUCUGCACUGUCACAUGCUCUUAGCCCCUCCCAUGGUGUGAAGGGGGCGGGGUCUGACCCCCGAGUGGACGUGCCUCCCAGCAUGGGGGCGGAGCUGAUCGAGCUGGUGCGCAGGAACACAGGGCUCAGCUAUGACCUCUCGAGGGUCGCCAUCGGGGUCGUGAUUGGACACAUCCAGAGCUCACUCCCACACACUGCUGAGGUCAUGGAGCAGGUCCUCCUCUCAUUGGUGGAGAGCAAGGACCUGAGCUCUGCCCUGCCUCGAGGACAGGUGUGUCACGAUGAGCAGCGUCUGCAGGUGAUCUUCACCGACCUGGCGAGGCACAAAGAGGACGCGCAGCAGCGCAGCUGGGCCCUGUACGAGGACGAGAGCGUGAUAGCCUGCUACCUGGAGGAGCUGCUGCAGAUAUUGACGGACGCUGACCCUGAGGUGUGUAAGAAGAUGUGCAAGAAGAGCCACUCCGAGCCGGUCCUCUCGCUCGUCGCAUACUAUCAGAUGGAGCACCGGGUGGCUCUGCGGCUGCUGCUGCUCAAGUGUUUUGGGGCAAUGUGUAACCUGGACUCUGCCAUCAUCUCAGCACUGGUGAACUCCGUCCUGCCCAUGGAGCUGGCCAGGGACAUGCAGACUAACACACAGGAGCACCAGAAGAUGUGUUACUCUGCGCUGGUCCUGUCCAUGGUGUUCUCUAUGGGGGAGCCCUUACCUUACCGUCACUACGAGCAGUUGAACCCGGGCUUCGUGGAGUUCCUGCUGGAUGUGGUGGAGGACGGGCUGCCCUCGGACACAACGGAGCAGCUCCCAGAUCUGUUCAUCAAUGUGCUGCUGGCAUUCAACCUGCACCUCAUGGUGCCGGUGAACAACAUGGUCAUGCAGACUCUGAUGAAGAGACCCAACGCCAAGGUCCUGACUGAGAAGAUCCUGCUGCUGCUUAAUCGGGGAGAUGACCCUGUCUCAGUGUUUAAGCACCAGCCCCAGCCCGCUCACUCGGUGCUCAAGUUCCUACAGGAUAUUUUCUCCAGCGCCGACACGGCCGGCAUCUUCUACCGGACUGACAUGAUGGUGAUGAUCGACAUCGUGGUGCGGCAAAUAUCAGACCUGUCCCCCGGAGACAAGCUGCGUAUGGAGUACCUCUCCCUGAUGCACGCCAUCAUUCGCUCUACAGACUUCCUGCAGCACCGCCAUCGCCUGCCUGACCUGCAGGGGGCGCUGCAGCGCAUCCUGGGGGAGGGCGAGGGGGGGGGCGAGGCCAGUCAGAUGGACCAGCUGAUCGUCCAGCAGAUCUACAAGGACUUCCCAGAGAUGCACACGGCUGCUGAGGACUGAGGCCUAGAGAUACACAGACACAAACACUAGCACACGCACGCACGCUUCAAACUACACAGCAGACAGACCCUUUAACACCUGUAUUUAUGCUGCUUGUGACCCGUACCUCAGCCCAAUACCACACCCCUCACCCCUCACAUCUUUGACAGAGCAGACCCCAUCAUCUUCAGAUAUUCAGACCCCCACUGAUCCUGAUAACACCCCCCUUGUGUGCAGCUGCUUAGACAAACUCUGCUCAUUUACAGUGUAUUCUGUCAGCAGCAGCCACUAGCACUCAAGCCCUAAUGGGAUUCUCAUCCUGACAGUGUCCUUGUUUGAAGUGCACAGUGAAGGCUGUUCACACUGGCGCUCUGCAGAGUGAAGGCUGUUCACACUGGCGCUCUGCACAGUGAAGGCUGUUCACACUGGCGCUCUGCAGAGUGAAGGCUGUUCACACUGGCGCUCUGCAGAGUGAAGGCUGUUCACACUGGCGCUCUGCAGAGUGAAGGCUGUUCACACUGGUGCUCUGCACAGUGAAGGCUGUUCACACUGGCGCUCUGCACAGUGAAGGCUGUUCACACUGGCGCUCUGCACAGUGAAGGCUGUUCACACUGUGCUGCUGUGCAGACUGACAGUGAAACUUUUUCCAGUGUCUGGGAAUGGGAUUCUGAACCCAAAUCUUUCAUCUCGUAAAACCAGGACUGGAAAAAACAAACCUUAAAUUAGAAUCAUCGAGUAGAAUUGCUGUGUGUGUGUGAGAGUCUGUGAGCCUGAGCUGUCGUUACAAAACACAGCCCAUUAAAUUAAGACUGAGUUCUUCAUUAA